CACAUCAAGUAGGAGAAUCUUUUUUUAACUUUAACGGUGGAUAUUGAAGUUGGUAUACUUGUUGAGGAAGUUUUGUGGAAACUAUUUAUUUCCUUUGCAUGUAAGGGAUCCUUUGUAUUGAUCUCUCUGUCCUUUUGUUUUGGUUUGCGAAUAACAUUCUUCUGCUAGAGUUUAUCACAGAGAAAAUGAUGGAGAGAAGCUGUAGUGCCAUAGAAGAUGGUCUUGAUUUGCUCGAGACUGUAUUUUCUUGGACUGUCAAGGAUGUUCUCAAUGAAAACCUCUGCAAACCCAAGGUAAGGAAGAUUCCACAGACAUUUUUGUCAAUAACAGGUUACUUGAACUCCUUCGUUCCUUCUCUGAUUGAGGAGACUCGCAGCGACCUGUCUUCAAGCUUGAAAGGUGUGUCAAAGGCUCCCUUUUGUGAAAUCUCGAGCGUUGAACUUGAAAGGUCGAGAAGCUUCACACCUACCAAGCACUUGUUCUACCAAAUUGCAGUGAAUAGAACCAACAGUGAUGAGGAUGGAAAAUAUGAGCCUGAGGUUGGAGAUCUCAUUGCCUUCACAGAUUUUAAACCAAAAUCCGUAGAUGACUUGAACAGGUCCAAAAGAAGCUACCAUAUUGGAUAUGUUCAUGGAAUAAAAGAAAGCAUUGACAAGAUCUCAAUACUCUCAUCCAAAAGCUUUGACAUGGACAUUCCGUUUUCCUUGACGAGCAGCAGUGCACCAAAGCUUUAUGCCAAGAGUAGCAACAAUGCACAAAAGCUUUACGCCUUCUGUCUUCUGAACCUUACCACAAAUGUUCGAAUUUGGAAAGCCUUGAAAUUGCAGCUGGAGGGUUCAAGCUUGAGCAUGAUGAGGAAAGUUCUGCAAGCUGACUCAAAGAAUGGAGAAAUCUGUCAACUUUGUUUUUCUGGUGAAAAAGAUAGUGCAACUUGUUCUAAAGUAAAAAACAUAGUCCGAUCUCAGAAUCUGAACGAAUCCCAGAAAGAUGCAGUUUUAAACUGUGUUACUUCGAGGGAAUGCCAACAUAAUGAUACUGUUAAACUUAUUUGGGGGCCACCAGGAACUGGCAAAACAAAGACAGUAGCUUCCUUGUUAUUUUCCCUGCUUGAGUUAAAAGUGAGAACAUUAACAUGUGCUCCAACUAAUACUGCAGUUCUGGAAGUGGCUGCUCGCCUGCAUAAUUUAGUUAAGGAAUCACUUGAGUUUGAUAUUGGAUUUGGUGACAUAGUUGUAUUUGGCAAUAAAUCUCGAAUGAAAGUAGACUGUUAUCGAGGCCUCAGUGAUGUCUUUCUUGAUUAUCGUGUAGACAACCUUUUGAAGUGUUCUGGAUGGAAACAUUCCUUGGAAUCUAUGAUCAAGUUGCUUGAGUACCCCGAAGAGCAAUAUGAUUCAUAUAAGCGUGAGGAAGAAAAUAGUGUCAACUCAUUGGAAGAAUUUGCUAAGCAAAAGUACUUCAGCGAGAAGAAUGAUGAUCCUCUUACCUUGGAACUUUUGAAGGAGUUCACUAGCAUUACUGAGCAAUACCUUUUGUAUAAGGAUGAAAAAAAGAAAAGCAUCAAGACUCUGGAUCAAUUUGCUAAGCGUGAGGAAGAAAAUAGUGUCAACUCAUUGGAAGAAUUUGCUAAGCAAAAGUACUUCAGCGAGAAGAAUGAUGAUCCUCUUACCUUGGAACUUUUGAAGGAGUUCACUAGCAUUACUGAGCAAUACCUUUUGUAUAAGGAUGAAAAAAAGAAAAGCAUCAAGACUCUGGAUCAAUUUUUUAUAGAGAGAUUCCGUUCCAAUACAGAGCAAAUGGAGAAAAACCUGGGAACUUUGCGCAUGCACCUUCCGACUUCUUUAGUUCCACUUGCGGAGAUAAAGAAAAUUCCUAUUGCUCUUGAUUUGCUAAGAUCUCUUGAAAACUCUCUGUGCAAAGCCAAGUUGAAGCAAACUUCCGGUGGCUGUGAGGAAGGAGAAAGCAUUGUUGACUUCCUUCGAAGGUUAAGCAUAAAAAGGGAAGAGUGCCUUAUCAAACUGAGAUCACUUUCUCAGACAAUUUUACUUCCAAACAUCAGGGACAAAUAUGAAAUGGCAAAAUUUUGCUUGAUGAGAGCACGCCUGAUUUUCUGUACUGCAUCAAGUUCAACAAAAUUAUUCGAAGAUGGAAUGACACCAGUAGAAUUCUUAGUUAUUGAUGAAGCAGCGCAACUGAAAGAAUGUGAAUCGACAAUUCCAUUGCAGCUACCAGGCCUUCGCCAUGUAAUCCUCAUUGGUGACGAGAGACAGCUUCCUGCGGUAGUGAAAAGCCAGGUUUCUGAAGAGGCUGAAUAUGGAAGAAGUUUGUUUGAGAGGCUGGUAUCAUUAGGGUACAAGAAGCAUCUGCUUAAUGUUCAGUAUAGAAUGCACCCAUCCAUCAGCUUAUUCCCAAAUAAGGAGUUCUAUGAGGAGCAACUUUCUGAUGCCCCUUUUGUCAGAGAAAUAGACUAUAAUAGGCGCUUCCUUGAAGGAAAAAUGUAUGCUUCAUAUUCAUUUAUAAACAUAGCUAAGGGUAAAGAGCAGAAACCUGGUCGUGGCCACGGGUGGAAGAACAUGGCUGAGGCUGCUGUUGUUUGCAAGAUUAUAGAAAGCCUUGAAAAUGAAUUUUUGAGGUCAAAGAAGAAAGUUAGCAUAGGAAUCAUAUCUCCGUAUAAUGGUCAGGUGUCUGAAAUCCAGGAAAGAAUUAAGCACCAAAAUUUGGUUUCUGAUCCUAACUUUUCUGUUAGUGUUCGUUCUGUCGAUGGCUUUCAAGGUGGUGAAGAAGAUAUAAUAAUAAUCUCCACUGUGAGAUCAAAUGGGAAUGGAAAUAUAGGUUUCCUUGACAACAGGCAAAGAGCCAAUGUGGCAUUGACUCGGGCGAGACAUUGCCUAUGGAUAUUAGGGAAUGAAAAAACUUUAAGCAGUAGUGAUUCUCUAUGGAGAAAUCUAGUCAAUGAUGCUAAGGAAAGAGAGUGUUUCCAUAAGGCCGACGAUGACAAAAAACUGGCCAAGGCCAUUGAGAGCGAAGCCUUGCUUAUUGAACUACUUGAUGAAUCAAAUACCCCGUUUAAGAAACUCAGUCUAGGGGGCCCUUCUCGAACUACUGCUACCGCCUUCAGCAGAGGGUCUUUCAGGGGCAGGCCAAGGGCACCAAGGUGGUGAAGAAUGGGAGACUCUACAGACUGUACCCCGGAACAACAAAUACGACUAGUGAAUUGUUAGUUUUGCCUGCAGAUGUUGUGAGUUGUAUCCUUUUAUAUUGUUGUGUAAGAUUUAGGGCCAAAUCCAAGCUUUGUAACAGUUUACAGCCGUAGUAUGUACAAAAUAUAGAGUAUCAGCACUGCUGAAGAGUGUCACCUGGGACGUUAGAUUAAUAUACUGUAAAUUUGUGUACAACUGUCAAAAUAAAGCAAGGGUGACUUUAUUGAUUUCUAAAAUCCAAUGAAAAAUAUAUGAAACCAUUCUUGCAUUAUGUUCA